UCAAGGGACACAAUUCACUCAAAGUCUCUUCCCUUUCCAAGCCGUUUCCGAAUUGCUCCCGGUGACCGCGACUCCUGAUUCCACGCUGAGAGCGGAGCCUCGCCAACUUCAAACCCUCUUUCCCUUCUCAGCUUUCCUCCUUCUCUCGCUACCUCCACCUCCGCCGCCACCUCCACCUCCGGCACCCACCCACUGCUGCCGCCGCCACCAGCAGCGCCUCCUUCUCUCCUCCUCCUCCCCUCUUCUCUCUUUUUGGCAGCCGCUGGACGUCCGGUGUUGAUGGUGGCAGCGGCGGCAACCUAAGCAGCAGCAGCCCUCGCCGCACGCCAGCUCUCGCUCACCCGGCUUCAUUCUCUAGCCCUAUCACCCAACUCCCGAAAGGUGCUGGGAAGAUUUGGGGCGGCUGAAGCGAAGCGGCUGCAGCGGCGGUAGCAGCGGCGGCGGCAGCGGUAGCGGCGGCGGGAGGCAGGAUGAGCGCACGCGGUGAAGGCGCCGGGCAGCCGUCCACUUCAGCCCAGGGACAACCUGCUGCCCCGGCGCCCCAGAAGAGAGGACGCGGCCGACCCAGAAAGCAGCAGCAAGAGCCAACCGGUGAGCCCUCUCCUAAGAGACCCAGGGGAAGACCCAAAGGCAGCAAAAACAAGAGUCCCUCCAAAGCAGCUCAAAAGAAAGCAGAAGCUACUGGAGAAAAACGACCAAGAGGCAGACCUAGGAAAUGGCCACAACAAGUUGUUCAGAAGAAGCCUGCUCAGGAGGAGACUGAAGAGACAUCCUCACAAGAGUCUGCAGAAGAGGACUAG